UAUCCGAUCGAAUCCAGGAAGGAAAGGGUGCGGGUCCUGCCCGCCCCCACGUCUGGGGGCGGAGUUUCGCUGACCCGGGAGCCCAAUAAAUCCACAGCCCGCCGCCGCGAGCUGCCCCUUUAAGCCCCACCGAGACCUCCUGCAGUCAGCGCUGAGCACAGCUCCCAGGGAGAGGGACAGACGUCUGGGUGGUGGACGCACAGCGGCACCGGGCAGUCGGACCGAGUGGGAGGCCAGGUGGACAGACAGACAGACGGUGGAGACAGACACGAAGACGAAGAGGAGGGACGGGGAGACAGGCGACCCCAGCAAGGAGCCACACAUUCCUUGCCCAGGGAGCCCCGGCCCGCGGGGGACCAAAGGGGACAGGCUUGCCGUGUAGCUGCCGAGGCCGAGCAUCCUCCCACCUCUGCGCAGUCCUGCCUCCUCUGCCACUGCCAACUUCCCUUACCCGAGACACGCGGGGUGGCUGGAAGGGCGGAGGACACGCCUGGUCCCCUCACCCACACUUCAUGGCCGCCGUCGAGGCAGGGGCGCGGGCCACUUUCGGAGCCUGGGACUACGGGGUCUUCGCUCUCAUGCUGCUGGUGUCCACCGGCAUCGGGCUAUGGGUCGGGCUAGCCCGGGGCGGGCAGCGCAGCGCCGAUGAUUUCUUCACUGGGGGCCGGCGCCUGACUGCCCUGCCCGUUGGCCUCUCGCUGGCCGCCAGCUUCAUGUCGGCGGUACAGGUGCUGGGCGUGCCGGCCGAGGCCUACCGCUACGGCCUCAAGUUCCUCUGGAUGUGCCUGGGACAGCUGCUCAACUCUCUGCUCACUGCCCUGCUCUUCCUGCCGGUCUUCUACCGCCUGGGCCUCACCAGCACCUACCAGUAUCUGGAGCUGCGCUUCAGCCGCGCUGUGCGGCUCUGCGGGACCCUGCAGUACCUGGUGGCUACAAUGCUGUACACCGGCAUCGUGAUCUACGCCCCCGCGCUCAUCCUGAACCAAGUGACAGGGCUGGACAUCUGGGCAUCGCUCCUGUCUACCGGAGUCAUCUGCACCUUCUACACUACUGUGGGCGGCAUGAAGGCUGUGAUCUGGACCGACGUGUUUCAGGUCUUAGUGAUGCUGAGUGGUUUCUGGGUUGUCCUGGCUCGCGGAACUAUACUCGUGGGUGGACCUGGGCAAGUACUUGAGCUUGCCAAGAACCACUCCAGGAUCAACCUGAUGGACUUUGACCUGGACCCAAGGAGCCGCUACACAUUCUGGACUUUUGUUGUCGGUGGCACAUUGGUGUGGCUCUCGAUGUAUGGUGUGAACCAAGCACAGGUGCAGCGCUACAUGGCCUGUCGCACAGAGAAACAGGCCAAGCUGGCCGUGCUCAUCAACCAACUGGGCCUGUUCAUGAUCGUGUUCAGUGCUGCUGCCUGUGGUAUCAUCAUGUUCACGUUCUACCUUGACUGUGACCCUCUCCUGGCAGGGCGUAUCUCUGCCCCAGACCAGUACAUGCCCCUGAUGGUGCUGGACAUCUUCGUGGACCUGCCUGGAGUCCCUGGGCUCUUUCUGGCCUGUGCCUACAGUGGCACCCUCAGCACUGCAUCCACCAGCAUCAAUGCCAUGGCCGCCGUCACUGUGGAGGACCUCAUCAAACCUCGGCUGCCGAGUCUGAGCCCCCGGAGACUUAUCAUCAUCUCCAAGGGGCUGUCGCUCAUCUACGGCUCGGCGUGUCUCACUGUGGCAGCUCUGUCCUCCCUGCUGGGGGGCGGCGUUCUCGAGGGCUCCUUCACCAUCAUGGGAGUCAUCAGCGGCCCCCUCCUAGGAGCCUUCAUCCUGGGAAUGUUCCUCCCCGCCUGCAAUACGCUGGGCGUCCUGUCCGGGCUGGCGGUGGGCUUGGCGCUGUCGCUGUGGGUGGCCGUGGGUGCCACUCUGUACCCGCCUAGCGCACAGUCCAUGGGGGUCCUGCCUUCAUCGGCCGCCGGCUGUGCUGUGCCCUCGGCCAACGCCUCUGGCCUCCUAGACCCGCUUCUCGCCGCCAACGCCUCCAGCAGGGCCUCCAGCCUCGAAAUGGACCCUGAUCAACCCACCUUCGCUGACAGCUUCUACGCCAUUUCCUAUCUCUAUUAUGGUGCCCUGGGCACACUGGCCACCGUGCUAUGUGGAGCUCUCGUCAGCUGCCUGACGGGCCCCACCAAGCGCAGUGCCCUGGGUCCUGGUCUGCUGUGGUGGGACCUCACACGGCAGACGGCAUCUGUGGCCCCUAAGGAAGAAGUGGCCACCCUGGAUGACAGCUUGAUGAAGGGUGCUGAAGAGUUGCCCUCAGGAGCCAAGAGGCCUCCUGACUUCCUGCCCACUGACAAGGACCAUCUGCUCUUCCUGGGUCAGAAGGAGAUGAAUGGAUCUGGCUCCAGGACCCCAGGCAGUGAACAUGACAAAGGUCUUGACCUGCGAGAGACAAACCUCUGA